UCAGAAGGCCAGCACUGGAGUCAGCCUGUCUCCUUCAGACGGUACUGGGCUGAACUCCAACAGACAUGCGCACCCGCGGUCUCCCCAGCUUGCUGACUUACAUGCUAGGGAAAGAAGGGAGGGAGGCAGCUGCAGCUUUACCACAAAAUGAAGUGUUUGGGUUGUUCUGUCCCUCCAUUCGGACUGAAUCUCUGCAGAACCUACCGACGCUAGAAAUGAUAUAGAAAACAUCGGGGGCUGAACUGUUGCUAGAAAAAACUUAACAACUCAACAGGCUGGAAGUUGCUGCAUCUGUGACUUAUUUAUUUAAGAAAGGGACGGCCAGUGCUCGGCUACCAUGGAAGGCAGUGGCAACGGGGGCUCGGCAGCCCUGGAAAAGAAUGUGGCCGAGCUUACAGUGAUGGACGUUUAUGGCAUAGCUUCAGUUGUGGGCCAGGAGUUCGAGCGCCUCAUCGACCAGCACGGCUGUGAGGCCGUUGCCCGGCUUAUGCCCAAAGUGGUCCGUGUACUGGAAAUCCUGGAGGUUUUGGUCAGCAGAAAUAACAUCAACCCAGAACUGGAGGAACUGCGUUUGGAACUGGACCGAUUGCGAAUAGAAAGGAUGGACAGGAUCGAGAAAGAGAGGAAACACCAGAAGGAGCUGGAGCUGGUGGAAGAUGUAUGGAGGGGUGAAGCACAGGACCUUCUUUCCCAGAUUGCUCAGCUUCAAGAGGAGAACAAGCAGCUGAUGUCUGACCUUUCACAGAAAGACAUCACCAUGACGGAAGAGGACUUUCAGAAACAGGAAGGCUUUGUUAGCUUUUCUGAGCUUCACAGAGUUUACACCAAAGUUCAUAGUGGAAUGUCUGAAAGGGAGAGGCAAGUGAUGAAAAAGUUAAAAGAAGUUGUGGAUAAACAAAGGGAUGAGAUCCGUGCCAAGGACCGGGAUCUUGCACUUAAAAAUGAGGAUAUUGAAGCUUUACAGCAGCAACAGAAUCGCUUGAUGAAGAUUAACCAUGACCUUCGACACAAAAUCUCAGUUGUUGAUGCUCAGGGUCGAGCUCUGAUUGAGCAGAAGGUGGAACUAGAAGCGUAUUUGCAGGCUAAGGAACAAGAGAUGACGAAACUGAAAGCUGAAAUUGUGAAACUAAGGGAAAAACUGCCCAGUGAACAAACUCAGAAUGGUGAAGAGACAAAGAUUGAGGAGCUGUCACAUUUUCCUUCUUUUGAAGAUGUGGAUAUUGAGGAAUUCAUGCUUGAAGCUCGUUCAGCAGGUGAAGAAGAUGAUCAGCUUGAUGAAGAAAGGUUAGCUGCAGACUUAAAGGAUCCAAACCGCCCAAGAUUCACCUUACAAGAGCUGAGGGAUGUGCUUCAUGAGAGAAAUGAACUGAAGGCCAAGGUAUUUCUUCUUCAGGAAGAGCUGUCAUAUUAUAAAAGUGAGGAGGCAGAAGAAGAAAUGGCACAGUCUCAGAAUCUUCCUCCAAGGGUAACGCCACUAAAACCAGGAACACAGCCAGAGUCUGGCAUCAAACGACUGUUUAGUUUUUUCUCCAAAGACAAAAGGCGCAUGUCUACAAUGAACAGGAGUGUUCGAUCCCAGGAACCAUUUGGAACAUGGGCGGCUGCAGACAGAAAUGAUAGCAUUACAGAACAAGGCCAAGAAGCCCUUCCACAGAUGUGAUGAACUGCAUUUCAUUUUAGUUACUGAAUCAGGAAAAAGGGACAUUGGAAACCAGCUGUUGCAUGCUCUUUGCACCAAAUGUGAAGGCAUUUGACUUUGCCUUUGCACUUCUGAACAGCUGCAUUGUCAGAGCAAGUUUAAACAGUACUCCAUGGGCACAUUUUUGUUACUGGCCCUCACCACUUUUUGUUCUAAAGACUAACUUAAAUUAAUACAUUUUCUAAUACCUCACAGUAUUUGGUUGAGGCCUAAGUAAAACAGGAAGCGCUUGUAUGUACAUUCAGCAGCAGUGAUUUGACUCGUUAUUCAGCCUUCAUGUACCAAGAAGUUUGGCUUCACUGACAGAUAUGUCAUGCUUAUGUACUAAUUUAUGAGGUUACCUCUUUGUUCUGAAAGCCCUUCUGUUGGUAGUGACCAGUAGUGCUGCUCUUCAUCCAUCCCAGCCUGCUUCAAAGAGCACCAUGGAAACGUUCGAACUGCAAUAUGUAGUUGUGGCUGUACUGCCCCCAUUCAAGACAUAGUUAAGAGAAUUUGGAUAAUGAAACCAAGACUGCAAAGCUGACAAUAGUAUGUUUGUAGUAAAAGAUUUAGCAUGGGUUAAGCAGGGAGAAAUACAUAGCAGGUAUGCAUUUAGACUGAAACGUACCAGAAAACUUGAAUGAGCAUAUGAAGUAACAAGAGAAAGCAGAGCGCAUUCAUGGUACAGGACAAUGGAAUGUGGUUUUUCAGAAAGCACAAGGGUAAAAGUACAGGAGACUGCUGUUACUCCAAAGAGAAUCUCUCACAAACUUUAGAAAUUAUAUGUUAAAAACACGAUGUACAGCAGUCGCUUCUGUGUCAAUUAAUAGUGCUCUGGUCUGACAAAAGUCAUCAUCAGAGUUAGUAGGCAGAAAAAAUGACAGUAUGGUAUUCAGACUUCAAAAAUGAACUUCAUAGUGUAGUAGCCUUUUUCUUCCUUACUAAUAAUAUGUACAUAAAUUUAUAUCUGAAGUGCAUACCCCUAAGCAAUACUGGAUUAAAGAGGGGAGAAAAGAAUAAUCUGUUAAUUGUGCGUACUCUGUGCUGCUUUUGACCCUGGAAUUUAAGAUUCAGUCCCAGAAUGUUCUUUCCUUGCCCAUGGAAGUUUUUUGUGUCUGUAUUAGUUUCUUUCACCUUCCUUUUUGUCAUGUAUCUUAGCUAUAGUAUCUGGGCUGCUCAAAAAAAAAUAGUGGUAGGCUAUCACUAGAUUUGUGCUAUACAGCUUGUCUUCCAGAGUGUCUCUUGUGAACUGGGGUUAAUACAGUUGACAAAGAAAUGGAAUAAAACAAAGUUCCUGGUAAGUUAUGUUGAGCUUUAUGGAUAAACUUCCCAACCACAGAUGAACUAUAGCCACAGCUCACUAUAACUCCUUAGUUACGCAAGUCAAGUCACUGCCCCACCCAAAAAACAUUUUGCCUUCCUUUCUUCAGAGUAAACACACCUUAUGUAUUAUUUUGCUUAUAACUGACACUUUGAAAGAAUAUUAAAGCAUUUCAGGGAUGAAUGUUUUAUGAACAGUAAACAAUUGUGAGGGUGGUGUGUAUCCAGGUGAUGUAGUACUGGUCUGUAGUUACAAGCUGUUGCUUGUUACAGGCUAUGUAAGCAGGUAUCAUCAGAUAAUCUGGUGCAAUAUAAUUCAUAUGCAUGUACAGCCAAACUACUGCUUACCCCUGGAGAGCUGUUUUUUAUACUAAUAAUGGUUGAAUGCUCAAUUUCUCAGGCAUGUUAGUUAGCCUAGUCAUUGUGAUUAUGUUUCAGUAACUGCAGAGAAUGUGAUUGGACUCUGGUCUUAUUAUAAGAUUUUUCUUUCCAGCAGUUUUACCAAAAAAUUGUAAGUAAAUCUUAAUACAGGAUCUCAGCAUGAAGACUCUGUGCUCCUACACAAGCUUCACAAGAAACAAACUCAGUAAUGAAAACCCAGUAUGGUAACUUGUGCAGUUUCUGGGCAAGUUUGUAAUUCUUCUUUCAUAUUUAAUUUUGCCCUUCUUCUUUGAUUGAGAUUCUGUCCUUUGGAAUUUAUAAAUAAGGAUUUUGCAAGUUAGGAUAGUUUAAUAUGUUGAAUUAAAGAAUAUGUUUCUUGGUUGUUAACAUAAUGCUUGAGAUAUGUAGAUAAUAUAGACUUGGAUGUAUAAAGUGAAUGAAUGAUGGAUUUUUUUAUUUUUUUUUGCCAUUGCAUUUAAGCAAUAUUAAUAGAGACUUGAGUGGCUUAAUAAAUGCCUCUGAUAUUUUCACACUAAAUGCAGAAACUCA